AUCAGCGUCAUUACCAGGUUUGUUUUGAAUGCAGGGCGCAAUGCCGGAGUGAGGAAGAAGGCAUCUGACCUGCAUCUUUAACAUCCAUCCCUUUCGAGCGCUGGUGUCCAACCAGUAACCAUGAAACGACACCUGGAGGAACAAGGGGAGCCGGUAUUUCCCGGGCGGCGUAUGGAACAGGGCACGGCGGGGUACCAGCACCCGCGAAUCCUGGCCCCGGCCCCUGCCCACGCGUCUGUGUACGACCUGCCUACCGCUGGAGGGGAGAACAUGCCGGGCAGUCUACAGUAUCCUGCUGUACAGGGAUAUCAGGUUGCAUCAGUGAGCCAGUCCGGAGCUGCAACUCACCAUUCUCACCCAGCGGUGGUCCACGCCACGCCUCACCAGGCACAACAACAGGCACAUCAGCAACAGGGCCUACACCAGGCACAUGCACACACACAGGCACAUGUAGCCCUAGUGGGUCAGCAACAACAGCAACAGCAGCAGCAACACCAGCAGCAGCAGCAGCAGUUCCAGCGGCUGAAGGUAGAGGACGCGCUGUCCUACCUGGACCAGGUCAAACUGCAGUUCGGCAACCAGCCGCAAGUCUACAACGACUUCCUGGACAUCAUGAAGGAGUUCAAGUCACAGAGUAUUGACACCCCCGGUGUGAUCAACCGAGUGUCCAACCUGUUUAAGGGCCAUCCUGACCUGAUCGUGGGGUUCAACACCUUCCUGCCGCCGGGGUACAAGAUCGAGGUUCAGACGUCAGACGGACAAGUGAGCGUGAGCAGCCCGGGGGGGAACACGACACUGACGCACGCCGGCAUCCCGCGCCCGCAAACUCCCGUCAUGACUCAGCAACAACCCGUGCAGCAUUCGCCAACUCAGCAGCAGCCCCCCAGCCAGAGCCAGGCAUCGUUCCCCCCAGUACAGCAGACCAGUACAGGAGCAGCCAUGGUGCCCACACCCCAGCUCAGCUCAUCACCUAACACACAGGGCAGCCAACCUGUGGAGUUCAACCAUGCUAUCAACUAUGUCAACAAAAUCAAGAACCGGUUCCAGGGCCAGCCUGACAUCUACAAGGCCUUCCUGGAGAUACUCCACACUUACCAGAAGGAGCAGAGAAACAUCAAAGAGGGCUAUGCCACUGCCCCUACCCUAACUGAGGCUGAAGUAUACGCUCAGGUAGCUAAACUGUUCCAGAACCAGGAAGACCUGCUGGCUGAAUUUGGCCAGUUCCUUCCUGAUGCCAAUGCGGCAGCAGCUCAGUUUGUAAGUGCUGCUCAGUUUGCUGCGCAACAACGCGAGGUUCAACAGAGGGAGGCACAAGUCAGAAACGACCACGGUUCCACCGUCAAGAAACAGAGCAGCUUCAGUAAGGCCCAGAGGGGAAACCAUGUGCGACGGCCUGGCGGGCCCAUGGGCUCCGUACCACCCAAAAAGAUGAAGACAGGACUGAAAGACAUCUCCCUGGCUGAGGCAGGGAAACAUGGAACACUCACAGAGUUUGCCUUCUUUGAUAAGGUGAGGAAGGCCCUCCACAGUCAGGAUGUGUAUGAGAACUUCCUUCGGUGUCUGGUCCUGUUCAACCAGGAAGUCAUCUCCAGAGCAGAGCUGGUGCAGCUCGUAACACCUUUCCUCGGAAAAUUUCCGGAGCUCUUCAACUGGUUUAAGCAGUUCCUUGGCUACCAGGAGUCUGACCGUAUUGAAGCCCUUCCUAUGAAGAGUGAGAAGGGGUCAGAGGGCAAGCACAUGGAGAUAGAUUAUUCCUCAUGCAAGCGGCUUGGCUCGAGUUAUCGUGCUUUGCCCAAAUCCUUCACACAACCCAAAUGCAGUGGCAGAACUGUGCUCUGCAAACAGGUGUUAAACGACACGUGGGUCUCCUUCCCCUCCUGGUCUGAAGACUCGACGUUCGUGACUUCCCGCAAAACCCAGUAUGAGGAACACAUCUAUAGGUGUGAGGACGAGAGAUAUGAGUUGGAUGUUGUGUUGGAAACCAACCUGUCGACCAUCCGAGUUCUGGAGGCUGUUCAGAAGAAGUUGUCCCGGAUGUCGUCAGAGGAGGCCGCCAAGUUCCGCCUGGACUCCUGUCUGGGGGGAACAUCGGAGGUCAUCCAUCGGAAAGCCAUUCAGAGAAUAUAUGGAGACAAAGCACCGGAUAUCAUUGAGGGACUGAGGAAGAACCCAGCUGUCGCUGUGCCUUUGGUGCUGCGCAGGCUGAAAGCGAAAGAAGAGGAGUGGAGGGAAGCCAAGCGAGGGUUUGACAAGAUCUGGCGUGAACAGAAUGAGAAGUACUACCUGAAGAGCCUGGACCACCAGGGCAUCAACUUUAAACAGACUGACUCCAAGGCACUCCGUUCCAAGAGCUUCCUCAACGAGAUCGAAACCAUCUUUGACGAGAGACAGGAGGCGGCAGCGGAGGGCGCGGGUGACGUGAGCGGACCACACAUCGUGCUGACGUACCAGGACACGGGCAUCAUGGACGAUGCAGCCGGACUGGUGGUGUACCACAUGAAACGCCAGACAAGCAUCCACAAAGAGGAUAAACAGAAGAUCAAGUGGCUGUUGUACCAGUUCCUGCCGGAUUUCUUCUACCUGCCGCGAGGAAAACUCAGUGAUGAUGAGAUGGAGGACAGAGAUGACGAUGGAGAGGCAGAAGCCUGUAGGAACCUGGCUGCCCUGAAGCAGGCCAUCAUCAGUCCACCAACACUGCCUGGUCUGGGGACCAAACCUCCUCUCAGGGGACUGGACCCGGACGGCUGCUCGCUGCUGCUGGGAAACAACAACUGGUACCUGUUCCUGCGGCUGCACCACAUCCUGUGUGAGCGGCUGUUGAAGGUGUACAAACAGGCCAUGCUCAUCGCCGAGCAGGAGGGACGGGGGAACCGCCGACACGAGUCUACCGCCGUCGCCCUGCGCCUCAAGGCAUCAUCUGACAUAGACCCUGAGGAGUACUACCCUGUGUUUCUGGAGAUGGUGAGAAACUUGCUGGAUGGAAACCUGGAGCCUACACAGUACGAGGACCAACUGAGAGAAAUGUUCGGCAUCCAUGCCUACAUCACCUUCACUAUGGACAAACUCAUCCAGAAUAUUGUUAGACAGCUGCAGCACCUGGCGUCAGACGAGGUGUGUCUGCAGCUGACAGACCUGCACCUGCAGGAGGUGCGGACAGGUGGCCUGCAGCCGUCUGCGGACACCGCCAACACGGGGCAGGUGGAGCUGGCCUAUCAGCACAAAGCCGAGCAGAUCGUUGCUGACGAAAACCUCUUCAGGAUCGUCUAUAUGCCUUCAGCACACAAGCUGACCCUGGAGCUACUGGACACAGAAGGAGACCAGUCAGAUGACCCUGUGGAAGUGGAGAAGUGGUCAGACUAUGUGGAUAAGUAUGUGAAUAAUGAGACCCCGGUCGCACCAGACCUGAGACAACAGAUGUCCAAGAAACCAGUCUUCCUACCCAGAAACAUCCGUCAGACCCAGAGACAACAUGCAGAACAGGAGGGGACAGGAGAGGAUGUGGGGAAGUGGGAGAACCCACUGGGAGGGGUGGAGGUGAAAGCUAACAUGGAGUGCAAGUUCAACCUGAAUUCCUACAAGAUGGUUUACGUGGUCAACUCUGAGGACUACAUGUACCGUCGUACUGCUAUCAGACGAGCCAGAGAGUCCCACAGACAGGUGUUCAGGGUCAUGCACAAGAGAUUUUCCCACUGGUGGAACAACUGGCAGAAGGAACAUGUUAGUCCAGCUGAGGAGGCUCAGACACAGGACUGGUUGUUGGGGCGUGUGGACGGCCUGGUGCCCUGUCAGACCUCCAGCCGACCACAGGCAAUGGAGAACUGCCACUACACCAAAUAUGUGGUGGAGUACGGAACACCUGAACAGACGUGAAGCAUGGCUUAACUACAGUCUCAGCCAGCACAUCAGCAGAACGUACUGUGUCUGCACAAAAACCUGCAUGUAUUCUGAACAGCACUUUGGCAG